AAAUUUUAAAACCCUUUCAAUAUAUCAAUUUAUGUACCUUCACAGCCACCGUAGAUAAAUUGAACUCCUGACCUGGAUUUGCUGGUAAACAAUUAGGUCUAGUGUGGAGGAGAGUAUAGAAACAAGGAAAGUCUACAAUGGGAAAAUUAAGAGCCUUCUACAUUGAGCUUGAAAACCCUCAGGGAGUGUUCUUUGCAGGACAAAUCGUAAAUGGGAGGCUUGUUGUGGAACUGGAUGCAGAGAUGAAAAUGAGAGAAAUAAGAUUGACGUUUAAAGGACUGGCUUAUGUGCAUUGGACGGAGCAACAUAGUACUGGAAGUGGAAAGAAUAGACGUACCACAACCAGACAUUAUAGUGCCACAGAGAACUACUUCCACCAAGUUGUACCAGUUUUUGGAAAAGGUAUGGGGAUGGGUGAUGAUAACCGUCUGCCCCCUGGUCAGCACGUCUAUCCAUUUUCCUUCCAACUUCCCCCCAACCUGCCCUCGUCAUUUGAAGGCGGUGUUGGAUAUGUACGGUACACUAUCAAAGGAACCAUUGACAAGCCGUGGAAGUUUGAUCAUACUACGAAGAGACCGUUCACUAUCAUUGCAUUGUUAGACUUGAACACGCAGCCUAACGCAGCGAGUGGGACCCAUAACCAGCAGAAUAAGUUUCUGUGUUGUCUGUGCUGUAAGUCAGGACCGAUAACAGGGAUGUUAAGACUGGACAGAGUGGGGUACGUCCCUGGUGAAGCAAUAACCUUCCAGGCGGAAAUCCAGAACAUGACCAGCAGAGUUUGCGGUACUCAUGUUAAGCUGUCUAUGACCACGAUAUUUCAUGCUACUUCCAAAUCAAAAACAACUAGCAAUGAAAUUACAAGAGUAAAUCAUCCAGAUAUUCAACCAGGGGAUACAGAAAACUGGUCUGGGGACCGGCUUGUUAUCCCGCCACUACCGCCAUCCUUUCUGGUGGGAUGCAGAAUUAUUGAUAUUAAUUACUGUUUAGAGUUAAUUGUCGAUCCGUCUGGUCCUGCGAUAGACCUCCACGUGCCUUUGUUGAUCAUCAUUGGAACAAUACCUCUCCAGUCUGUUGUUCAACAGUACCAAACGCAAUAUGGUGUUUCAGCCACUGGACCACCCGCCUUACCUCCUCCACCCGGGCCUGAGCCGUCAGCACCACCAAUGGGUGGAGCUUCGCCAAUGAUGAAUUUACCGCCACCUAGCUACAGUGAGUGUGUUUUCGGUAAAACCAACAUCCGGGAAGAGGACGACUCUGAACAUACACGGGGAGAGAUGGACUACGCCCCUGCUUAUACGUAUUAUGAUUGGUCAAAACAAUCACAGUUCAAGUGACCUCCAAGGAGACUGUUAGAUUCUGUGUAUUUCAUUUUUAUUUCAUAAUUUCAUAAAUCCAUGCAUGGACAUAAAAACUAACCUGACUAUUUUAUACGCAUUCUAUUUGUAUGAUGAUGUAUCGUGUAUUUUUAUACCAAGUUCAAAAGUGACAAACCUGAAUUACUAUUUUCUGUUGACAGCAUUAAUUCAGGUCUUGGUACAACCAUGUCAUAAUCGAGACACAUCUUGCGUUUCUCAUCAUGACUGCUUCAGCCCUGAACAAGGAUAGUCCCUUUUUAUCUAUUUAUUUUGGUGAUAUUUGAAUUUCCGUAUUUAUUUUGAAAUGUUUAGAACAUUCUUACAUUAUGUAAAAUUUAUUGAAAGUUGUAUGAUGUGACUGUUUUAUAGUAGCCACGGGUUAUUACUGCUGUGUUUUAUGUACAUGUAUUCAUUAAUAAAUUACAGGACUACAUGUA